AUGAAGCAUUUGAAGAGUUUUUUAAGAGCGCUCGAAGAACAUCCAUUCGAACUCGGCACCGUUUAUUUCAAGAAUGUGACCACUGCUUUUUCGAAAAAGUCAGGGAAUUCAAUUGGUCAGGUGGAGACGGCUUCGUCGGGUUACUCUCAAAGGGGAAUAUCAACCUCUCCACGCCACCAGCUUCGAAGGGUAUGGCCCAACCAUCCGCAAGUCGUUAUGUCGAUUGAUUCUCGAGAGGAAGAUGCAAGGACAUGUAAUAAUAGGGUAGAAGCCCCGCCAAACCUUCAGUGGCUUCGACUCAGCCGCAUCACGAUGUCGGGUCUCAGUCAGAUAUCAACGAGGACUCGCCUAGCCUCAAAAGAUGUGCUAUCUCCGCAUCCAUUACUUUGCACUGAUAAUCCAGACCCUGAUACUAACUAG